AUGGUGAAGCGCUUUCGGGAAAAGUUUGCACUGAAGACACUCCAGAAGGCACGGAGGAAGCUCAUCUAUGAAAAGGAAAAGCAUUAUCACAAGGAAUACAGGCAGAUAGGUAUCAAUGGUGUAAUCCCAAAGGUCCUCAAGGUGUUGCAGCUGCUUUGUCUUACUCAGAUCUUCAAUGACACCUAUGUUAAGCUCAACAAGGCUUUGUUUAACAUGCUGAGGAUCGUGAAACCAUACAUUGCAUGGGGGUACCCCAAUCUGAAGUCAGUAAACAAGCUCAUCUACAAGCAUGGCUAUGGAAAAAUCAAUAAGAAGAGAAUUGCUUUGAAGGACAAUUCCUUGAUUGCUCGAUCUCUUGGUAAAUACAGCAUUAUCUGCAUGGAGGAUCUGAUCCAUGAGAUCUACAUAGUGGGGAAAUGCUUCAAGGAAGCCAUCGACUUCCUGUGGCUUUUCAAACUGUCUUCUCCAUGGGGCGAGAUGAAGAAAAAGACCACUCACUUUGUGGAAGGUGGCGAUGCUGGCAACAGGAAAGACCAGAUAAACAUGAUUAGACUGAUGAACUAA